AUGCAGUCCUUCGCCAGAGCCACUCGCGCCUCGGCGCUGCAAAACGUUGGCCGCCGAGCCUAUUCUUCGUCGCAGUAUGCCCAGACCAUCAACAACCUGCGCAUCAAUGCCGACACCAAGGUCAUCUACCAAGGCUUCACCGGAAAGCAGGGAACUUUCCACGCUCAACAAGCUAUCGAAUACGGCACAAAGGUCGUCGGUGGAACAAACCCCAAGAAGGCUGGCCAGACUCACCUCGGCCUCCCUGUCUUCAAGAACGUUGGUGAAGCCGUCAAGGAGACUGGUGCCACUGCUACUGGUCUCUUCGUCCCUCCUCCUCUGGCCGCCGCCGGUAUCGAGGAGGCCCUCGAGGCCGAGAUCCCCCUCGUUGUCUGCAUCACUGAGGGUAUCCCCCAGCACGACAUGGUUCGCAUCACCGACAUGCUCAAGACCCAAAGCAAGACUCGUCUCGUCGGACCCAACUGCCCCGGUAUCAUUGCUCCCGAGCAGUGCAAGAUCGGUAUCAUGCCUGGCUUCAUCCACAAGCGCGGCCGCAUCGGUAUCGUCUCUCGUUCCGGUACUCUCACCUACGAGGCCGUCAACCAGACCACCCAGGCCGGUCUUGGUCAGUCUCUCGUUGUCGGAAUCGGCGGUGACCCCUUCUCCGGUACCAACUUCAUCGACUGCCUCAAGGUCUUCACUGAGGACCCCGACACCGACGGUAUCAUCAUGAUUGGUGAGAUUGGUGGUUCCGCCGAGGAGGACGCCGCCGAGUUCCUCAAGCAGGCCAACACUGUCAACGGUGGUAAGCCGGUUGUCAGCUUCAUCGCUGGUAUCUCUGCUCCUCCCGGCCGACGAAUGGGUCACGCCGGUGCCAUCGUUUCCGGUGGUAAGGGUGGUGCCGACACCAAGAUCAAGGCUCUUGAGGACGCUGGUGUCAUUGUCGAGCGCUCUCCCGCUGGUCUGGGCAAGGCUCUCUACAACGAGUUCGUCCGCCGCGAUCUGCUAUAA